AUGUCUUUCAAGUUUGUAGCAAUGGUAUUUUUGCUGGUAACAGUGAUAGCUUGUGAAGAUACCAGUUUCACCUAUGAUGGGUUCCAAUCAUCUCAUUUGUAUCUUGAUGGUAAUUCUGAGCUCACCACCAAUGGCUUGCUUAAACUCACCAAUGCCACCAAGCAACAAAAGGGUCAUGCUUUCUACCCAAAUCCUAUAGUUUUCAAAAACACCUCAAAUGGAAUUGUGUCUUCAUUCUCCUCUACUUUUGUGUUUGCCAUAAGAUCAGAGUAUCCCAAUUUGGGUGGUCAUGGGAUUGUUUUUGUGGUUUCCCCAACAAAAGGACUUCCAGAUUCUCUGCAAAGCCAGUACCUUGGUCUAUUCAAUGAGACUAACAACGGUAACAGCAGCAACAAUGUGUUUGGUGUUGAACUUGAUACCAUUCUGAACAGCGAGUUUUCUGAUAUCAAUGACAACCAUGUUGGAAUUGACAUCAAUGGAUUGCAGUCAACUAAAUCAGCUGCUGCAGGGUAUUAUAGUAAUGGUGCGUUUAAGAAUUUGAGCCUUAUUAGUGGCUACCCCAUGCAAGUAUGGGUGGAAUAUGAUGGGAUAAAAAAACAGAUUGAUGUUACUUUAGCUCCAAUCAACAUGGAUAAACCACAAAGUCCUCUGUUAUCAUUGACUAAAGAUCUUUCUCCAAUUCUGAACAGUAGCAUGUAUGUUGGAUUCUCAUCCUCAACUGGGUCAGUCCUAACUUCCCAUUAUGUUCUUGGUUGGAGCUUUAAGGUCAAUGGCCAAGCUCAACAACUUGUAACCUGUGAACUCCCUCAGCUACCAAGACUAGGUAAUAAAGAAGAGUCUAGGGUUUUAAUUGUUGGGUUGCCUUUGAUAUCACUCAGUUUGGUUCUUAUGGUAGCUCUAGCAGUGGUUCAUGUCAUCAAAAGGAAGAAAUUUGCUGAGUUGCUUGAAGAUUGGGAGCAGGACUAUGGUCCACAUAGAUUCAAGUACAAAGAUCUUAACUUGGCAACAAAGGGGUUCGGGGAAAAGGAGCUAUUGGGAAGUGGAGGAUUUGGUAGAGUCUACAAGGGUGUGAUGCCAAUUUCCAAACUUGAGGUUGCAGUGAAGAGGGUAUCCCAUGAAUCCAGACAAGGGAUGAGGGAAUUUGUGGCAGAAAUUGUUAGCAUUGGCCGUCUUCGCCACAGGAAUUUGGUUCCCCUUUUGGGCUAUUGCAGGCGCAAGGGAGAGUUGCUUUUGGUUUAUGACUACAUGCCAAAUGGAAGCCUAGACAAUUAUCUUUAUAACCAACCAAGAGUGACCCUUAAUUGGAGCCAGAGAUUCAGAAUCAUCAAAGGGGUUGCUUCAAGUCUGUUCUAUCUACAUGAAGAAUGUGAGAAAGUUGUGGUCCACAGAGACAUUAAGGCUAGCAAUGUAUUACUAGAUGCAGAAUUGAAUGGUAGAUUAGGGGACUUUGGUCUUGCAAGGUUGUAUAACCAUGGAACUGAUCCUCAAACUACCCAUGUGGUUGGAACUCUUGGGUAUCUUGCACCUGAGCAUACCAGAACUGGUAAGGCAACUACAAGCUCUGAUGUGUUCGCUUUUGGUGCUUUUUUGCUAGAGGUUACUUGUGGAAGGAGGCCCAUAGAGCAAGUAGGAGAAUCGGAGAGUGUAAUUCUGGUUGAUAGGGUGUUUGAUUGUUGGAAAGGAGGUGAAAUUCUAGAGGCAAAGGAUCCAAACUUGGGACCAGGUUAUAGGCCAGAUGAAGUUGAGUUGGUGUUGAAACUUGGUUUGUUGUGCUCACAUUCAGAGCCUUUGGCUAGGCCAACUAUUCGCCAAGUUGUGCAAUACUUGGAGAGGGAUGUGCCCCUGCCAGAUAUGUCUCUGCUUAGUUUAUCUCCCACUGGCUUAACUUUUGGGCACCAUGAAAACUUUCAGGAUUGUCCUAUGUCUUAUCCAUCUUCUAUGGAUAGGCCACUCUCCCAUACUUCAUCUGUUGCUGAAUCACUUCUCUCUGGGGGUCGUUGA